AUGUCUUCCACAAAAUCCAGCCAGCCACCGGCAGCGCCAGGAUCCCACUCCCUUGGAUGCGCCCACUCUCCCAGCGGCCCAUAUGAAGAAGAAAAGGCCACAGACGACAAUCCCUCUCUCGAACUAUUUCCCAAUUUAUCUCCGCCAUCGUUCCAGUACAAUGCCUCCCUCCACCCUCUCGAUACCACGUCCCCAUCGCCUCCAACAAUAACAUCGCCCCACGUCGCGACUCCGCAGAGUGCAGGCCUACGACUACAAACGGAGCACCUGAGUGAGAGGAAGCGCGAAGAGUCAGCGUCCUCCGUGAGCAGCAAUCCUAUCUCCGAGACCUCACAAACCGUCUUCAAUGCUGGUCUACCUGUCCGCAGUUCUAGCAUUCGAUCCGCCUUCUCCUCGAGGCACAGGGCCGAUUCGCUCACACCUAGCUCUGCGCUAUCGUCGCCAGGGGUGGGGCCACUGGCCGAUAUGACUCCAUUGCCUUCGCCCAUUUCGGGAUGGGGAUCUCCAGGCUAUGGGAGAAGGUCAAUAGACGAGGAAAUGGGCGACGCUACACCGAUUGCAAUAACGGCCGAAGAAGACGGUGAAGUAUUUUCAGAGCCUAUGGACUUUCCGCGAGCGUCGUCUAAAAAGCGAAAGAUACCUCUCGUGGCAAGAGACAUGACCAGUGAACAAGCGCAGAUCUACAAUGCGAAUGCAGCCGCCUAUGUGAAGAAUCGAAGCGUCAGCGAGUAUGUGCCGGAGGGAAUGCAGAUACCGAGGUCUCGGAAUAUCGUUGUAUCAACUUCUGGCGGUCCACCCGUCACUACCUCACUCUCUCCCUUCGACGAUCAUAUGCACCGCGAGCAAUAUCUGGCAAUCCAACGAGGCCUGGCCAUAUCUAUACCGAAACCGCCAACCCCACCGGACAGUAACCGGGGAGCCGAGAGUGCUGAUCAUGAAAGUCCACCAUCAAGUCCAAAAUUAUCCCAAGGCCCACUGCCACUACUGUACGAGGCUUAUAUGGUUCGUGGAGGCAAGUUGAGAAGGUGGAGAGGACUGCACCAGCUUGGGAAAGGAACCUUUAGCACAGUGAUGCUUGCCACUAGCGAGGGCAUGAAUAAGUCAACCACGUUGGAGGAAAACCAAGUCAGACCCAAGUCUUUAGUAGCUGUCAAAAUCUGUGAGCAAGGGCCAGCCGGAGGUGCAGAUGAGAAAAAGAUGAAGAUCUCGAUUAAACGUGAAUUGGAAAUCAUGAAGUCAAUACAUCAUCCAUCAUUAGUACACCUCAAAGCCGUCAAAAUGUGUGAACAGCAAACCUUCCUCAUCCUCGGUUUCUGCGCCGGUGGAGAUCUUUUUGAAUUGGCAAGCCUGAAGCUAGAAAUCCUGAUGCCGAGCCUAAUCCGCCGUAUGUUCUCGGAAUUGGUUGCGGCUGUGCGGUAUCUGCAUUUGCAAUAUAUUGUACACCGCGACAUCAAGCUCGAAAACGUCCUUGUCAAUAUCCCUACCGCCACCCUCACCACCACAACUGACAAUUGGCAAACCUACCCGGCCCCAAUCGUCACCCUCACUGACCUCGGCCUAGGCCGAUGGAUCCCGCGCCCCCCAGAAUCACCUCUCCUCGACACCCGAUGCGGCAGCGAAGACUACGCCGCUCCCGAAGUGUUAAUCGGUCAAGAAUACGAUGGCCGUGCUACGGAUGCUUGGGCCCUUGGCGUUCUACUGUACGCUAUUAUGGAAGGAAGGUUACCAUUCGAUCCUAUCCCGGGAGCCAGGAGGAAGAGCCCAACCAGUCACAGGAUCGCGAGAUGUGAGUGGCAGUGGGUAAGAUACGCGGAUGCGGAAGGGGAGUGGGAUGGGAUGAAAGGGAAGGAGCUGGAGGGCGCGAGGGAUGUUGUGGAGGGCCUUUUGGCGAGGGCGAGGAGUCGCUGGACUUUGGAGAAGGUGCAGGAGAAGGAGUGGGUCAAGGGUGGGGUGCAGGUUCAAGGGGGCCUGAGGAUGGAAGAGGAGGACGAGAGCUACGAGUAG